AAGAGAAGAUUUACAUCGAGAGUAACAUCACGAUCGUAAAUAAUGGAGCAGGAAGGAGCAAACGUGAGGCUCAAGCCGGAGUCAUCUUCGUCGGAGAACCUUGCUCUCUAUUACAUCACCGGCUAAUGUGGAGGAAUUUAAGGAAAUGUGCAAGCCGAAGAAAAUAUAUGUCCCAACGUCUGACUAAGAGCCGCUUGGUUGCUUAGCGUCAUACGGGGCUGGUCCAUGGCCCAGAUCUUCCAUGCCCUUCCAUGAUCAAGUAUAAAAACCUCUCGGCAAGUCUGUCGCCGGCUUGCAGUCGGCAUCGCCGGACGAUUCUCCUCGAAAGUCGAUCGAUUUGCGAAGAUUUGUUCUCGACGAUCACCCUCGAGAUGUUGCCCGAGAUCGCUGGACACCAGAAAUCGGCGGCACGCAACGUAUGCUAAGUCGGAUGUUGGUGUGCACGAUCGCCGCGUGUUUCCUCCUGAUAUUAGUCGUCAUCGGCAUCAUAUUGGUAUUAGUUUACAAACCGAUCUACGUUUGGGAGAUCGACGUGCCUCACUGAAGAACCCGAGAGCGAUUCUCCGCUCAAUGUGCUGCGAUCGUAAGCGGACGCGAUCAACUUAAUAUCGACUCGAAUGACAUUCGCCGAGAUUCUCAAUCCGCUAGUUUCUUGAUAAAUUAUCGACUGUGGCAAAAUGAGUGGGCAACUGAUCCUUCGCGCGCUUCUGAUACUUUCCAUGCUGGCUCUGACAAGAUGCGCGUUGCUGGAGAUGUCUCAGAUGCUGUGGAACAGGACGGUAUCCGGCGGUCUGACGAAGAUCGGCAAGCUGGACCCGCUAAGAGUGCCGGUAAUCAAAGUGGACCAAUCCGAGGAUGAUAUCAGCUACAGGAUAAUUCUGAGAAAUUUGGAAAUUGUCGGUCUCAACCGGUCAGCUUUGGAGAGCAUUCGCAUCGCUCGCGGACGACUGCGGUCCAACUUGAGCGAGCUUGAGACCGGAUACGUCAGCUAUAGUGAUCUUAGGGAUGUGGACACCAUCAGGUACAGGUUCCACACCAUGAUGAGGGAACCUGAUGCCCCGAAAGAGAGUUUUGAGGCCACAGUUGCGCCCAUAAAUCGAGCUAUCGGUAUCAGACCGUCCUCGCCUUAUCAGGAUGUUCGCUUCGACAGAUUGCGACAAGAUCAGCAGGGGUCCAGAAUAUUUGAUCAGCGUGAUCGACAGGCGUUUUCUCAUCCCCAUGCUACGUCCGGAGGCUUUUAUAAGAGCAACUUUCAAGCCUCGAGUGAUACUGUAGCGAAUCCCGGAAAUUUUGAAAGUCCCAAAAGACCAGUUUACGUUCAACCUGUUUACAUGCAGAUGGGAUCCUUCCAAGGAUAUCAAAGAGGUUCGCAAGGAGGCGAAGAUGUAAUCGAUUGCGAAGAUGAAGAUGUAAAAGGCUCAUCGUUCAGAGGAAGUCAGAGAGAUAGUCAGCGAUAUAAACAACGGCCAGGCGCCAAUGAUAGACGUUACGAGGAACGAAUUAGAGAUAUCGAGGUUUCUGCAUCGGAAGUAGUCGGGACUAGAUUGAAAAAUAAUGGUGAUGCAAGAGUGCCUGAGUUAUAUAAUAGGAAACAGUUUCCGCGAUCGGAUUUUGCAUCCAUUGCACCUUCGAGCAAUAUUAAAGUAUCGAAAAACAGAAUGAGAGAACGCUCGGGUUAUAUCGAUAUCGUUUAUGCGGAUGACAAAGUAAACGGAAGCGUGAAGCAUUUUGGCAAUCUAGGCAUCGAAUCUAAAGAGAAUCGACGAGUAUACAGUAUCGAGGAUAUCAUGAGGGAUAUUCGCGAGAAAACGAGAUUUAUCAUCCACAAUUUCACGGAAGGCGAAACCUUGAAGAAGAGAAAUGACAUGGUCAAAGACGCGAUGGAAGCAAAAAGAUUGAAGGAUUUAUUCAGGUACGCGAAAAACUAUCAAGAGCAGCAAGGAUACUUCGAGCAAGGCAUGCAAUUGAUUUAUCAUUAUGGAGGAAUGGACGCAAAGGAUGACGGCGCACCUCGAAACGAGCAGUUCAAUGACCCUAAGAGAACAAAGCGGGCGCAUCCUGAAGAGGCAGUCGAAGACGACGUGAUGCAUGUGAUCCUGAAAAUACGUGUCCCGCUGCUUCGCGUGAGGUCUCAGUACACACUUACAGGAAAAGUAGGGAAUGAGGUGUUACGUGGCAACGGUUUGCUUGUCGGAAACUUCACCGACGUAGUGGGCCACUUUGCGCUGGAGUUGAAGAAGGUCGACAAGGAGCUGAUCGUUCGUGCUGCAAGGGCGAAACUAUCCGCUGAAGACAAGAAGAUCAAUCUUCGAGGAAUGGAUGAGAUGGGACCAGUGCAAGUUAUUCUCAAACAUGGUUUAACGGCUGUGGAGGCAGUCGCCGCGAUGCUCGCCGACGACUUCGCGACCAAGGGACUCAGCGAGAAAACUGCCGACGCGCUCAUCUACAGGAUGUAUAAGGAUUUACCAGUCAAUUAAUCAAGCCGUUUGGUUAAUCGAGUGUUUGGGAGAACUCCGCCGACGUAUUUGCCAAUUUAGCGUAUGCAUUCCUUAUUAUGCAUGUUUAAUUAUUUUAUUUCUCAACAUCUACAAGUUUCUUCUCGGAUAUUCGUUUAUUUACUGUGGAUAUUCGCUUAUUAUUACUUUAAGACGUUUAUUUAUUAUUAUGCGCGUGUUGCGUCUAUGAGCUUGCAUGCAUUUAUUACUUUCUCUGCAUAAAUCUUUCUUAUUUAUUUAUUUAAUUGUAUUUAUGUGUUAUUCAUAUAAAAAUACAUUAGUUUAGAAUUACAUUAGAAUUAAAAUUACAGAUAUUUUAAAGUUUGUCGGAUUAACCAGAAAACAUGUCAAAAUAAAAUUAUUUUAAGCAGCAAAGAAGAAAGUGUGUUUUAAUAUCUUUCCUUAUUUUUAUAAUUUACGUUUAUGGAAGAUAUUUGUCACUUUUUACGUAAUCGCAUUUAGGACAUUUCAGUAAUCGUACAUCAUUCUUCUAUCUGUUAAUUGUUAAGAAAGUUAUAUAUUCCGGAAGCCUACAUAAAAAAUCGCUUUUGUAUUAUACCUCAAAUACACAUCUUUCAUUUAUAAACUACUACAGAAACGCACUUAUGUAUACAACAAUCAAAGGAUUCAAGUUUAAUUUGGGAGUCUGCUUUUUGUCGAUGUAAAUCUUAAAAUCCAGUUUCUAUUAUUGUAUUAUAAUAUCAUUUACUAUAACAUCAUGUUUUAAGUUUCAUUACAUGUGAGAAAAAUUGUAAAAGAUCGGUGAUAAAAAUGAAAUAAUAUUGCCAUUUAACUUAAUAACAGUUUGCAUCUACGCUAUUUUU